AUGGUUUUUAAUGGAAAGUACGGCCAGGUAAGGUUAGUUGGGGAUCUAAACGGUUGUGCUAAUGUUGGAUUUCCGAAAUUCCACCACCCCAUCAGCAUAGUCUCAGCUUCCCAUUUUUCUUCGGCACGACGCCUCCGUUCACACAGCUUUUUUCUUCCGGAACAACCCCAGUUGGGAAGGAUAAACAAGAACUUCCUCCAGCUUGCAAUUGGAAAGUCUGGGGUUUUCUUGUUUCUACUUUUUGUUGCUGUGAGUGGAAACCUGUUUCGCGAUAAUGGCCGAGCGGCACCUCAGCCAACGCCCGCCUUUGAAAGAUCAUGUUUCGCCCGUGGCUCGGAGCGGAACCAUCCUUCCAUCAAAACUCUCCUCCAACUAUUCCAGCCCACAAACCGCAGCGCCACCGCCAAUUACCCCUUAAACCCCCGAGAAACGCAUGACCAGCAGCAGUUUCAUCAUGGAUAUGCUCUUGAAACGCGGCCCUUGGUAACAACAAGCGGCCUCCCCAACCGUUUGGCGCCUUUACCGAGCCGCCCGCGCCAUCGAAUGCCCCCGCCCCGGAGGCUCCUGUCAUGCAAUCGUGGUCUUGGCUGGCGGCGCCGGCGGUGCAACGAAGGUUCUCGCUCCCCCGGGGCUGGGGGCCCGGGGUUCUGUGGCGGGGGGAAACCCGGCGGGGUGCUCCCAAAAUUUUCCGUGCAGGACCGUCCGCGCCAUCAGGAAAGCGGGCGGCGCGUCGCCCUGGCCGACGGUCGGGCGGCUGAGGAAGAAAAAAAAAAACCGGGGAUGCGGGGGUGGUUCCGGAGACGCUCUCGUUCCUUCGUUUUUCUGUUCGUUGCCUGGUCUGGUCGUGCGUUGCGGUGGGCGGGUCGGGUUGCUCUUCCUUUUUUUUUCGGUGGCAUGACAUCGAUCCGCGGUCCGUGUUCUUUUUUUUUAUUUUUUACCGGGUGGAUAUUUCGAAAGGGAAGUGCUCCAUUUGCUGGUUUUAUGUUGGGUCACAAAAUAUUAUUUUCCCUAUAUUUUUUGCCGUGGUGUUUCUCUCAAUUUCUGGUUUAG